CAACCGAUUCCUUUCUCUCUCUCUCCCGCACAUAAUUCGUGAUCCCAUUUCUCCGUUGUCUUCUCUCUCUCUCUCAAAAACCAAACCAAAGCCCAUUUAAAUUUCGCCUUCUCCUCUUUUUCUUCUCAGCCAUUUCACCAUUAAAAAUCACACUCUGGUUUUUUCCCCUGCGGUUCAAUUUGAAUCUAAAACUUUAAUUACAGCAGCAUUAGCUAGGUUUUUUUAAUAAUCGAUAUGUUGCUGCACGACGAGAUUGUUCCGUUUAAUCAAAACGGAAUAUUGCGAGAUAGUAAUAAUGAUUAUCAUGGAGCAGAGGUGGAGGAUGAGGAGAUGAUAUCUCCCAUUUCUCCUUCUCGUUGUUCUCCUCAGCGAAAAUUCGUUAUUGUUGGUUAUGCUCUUACAUCUAAAAAAAUUAAAAGCUUCUUGCAGCCCAAACUCCAAGGUUUAGCUAGGAAUAAAGGAAUCUUAUUUGUUGCAAUUGAUCCUAGCAAACCCCUGUCUGAUCAAGGUCCUUUCGACAUUGUGUUGCAUAAGCUUACUGGCAAAGAGUGGCGACAGAUUCUUGAGGACUACAGAACAACACAUCCAGAAGUUACUGUCCUUGAUCCUCCUGAUGCCAUUCAACAUAUACGCAAUCGCCAGUCCAUGCUCCAGUGUGUUGCUGAUAUGAAAUUGUCAACUGCCUAUGGGAGAGUUGAUGUUCCCAGACAAUUAGUUGUCAAAAAAGAUGCAGCAUCUAUCCCUGAUGCAGUCACAAAAGCUGGAUUGAUGCUACCCAUUGUUGCAAAGCCUUUAGUGGCAGAUGGCAGUGCAAAGUCUCAUGAAUUAUCACUUGCUUAUGACCAACAAUCACUUCAAAAACUUGAGCCUCCUCUUGUUCUUCAAGAGUUCGUCAAUCAUGGAGGUGUUCUCUUUAAGGUUUAUAUUGUUGGGGAUGCUAUAAAGGUGGUCCGGCGAUUUUCUUUACCUGAUGUUGGUAAAAGAGAACUCGCAAAUAGUGCAGGUGUAUUCCAUUUUCCACGUGUUUCUUGUGCAGCAGCUUCUGCAGAUAAUGCCGAUUUAGAUCCUAGUAUUGCUGAGCUUCCACCGCAACCCUUACUUGAGAAACUAUCAAAAGAACUUCGACGUCGGAUGGGGCUCCGACUUUUCAAUUUGGAUAUAAUACGAGAUCAUGGAAGCAGAGAUCAAUUUUAUGUUAUUGACAUAAACUACUUUCCAGGGUACGGAAAGAUGCCAGAAUAUGAGCAUAUAUUCACAGACUUCUUGUUGAGCCUGGGGCAGAGUCAAUAUAAGAAAAGGUGCACCUAAUAAAUGGUGUUCAAAAGUGGGCCACAUCAAAGACGUGUUGCCUAAUAAAGUAAUUAUGGGAUGAGAGCUUAUGGUUUUGACGAACCAUGUAUAGCUUAAUGUUACUCCCGGCGGCAGCGGCAGCUGGAGGUGGAUAUAUAUGCAAAAAUGUGGAUGUUCCUAAUCUUCAGCCUCUGUAUCUACUAACUUGAUGGCAUGCAACACACCACUUCAGAAGCUUACUCUCUGGAGUUGAGCUGGCGUUGCUCAACAUGUCUCGCCAUUGUUUUAUUUUGUUUCAAGGUUCUAUGAACUAUUGGUGAAUGGUAAUAGACAUCUGCUCUUUUUGUGGGUAUUGAAUCCCCUGACUUGUAUUUACCAGCUCUCUAAUAUCUCUUGGUUUUGCUGUUC